AUAUUAAGUUUUGCUUCAAUACAAUAGUCGAUAUAACUCUGGUCGAUAUACGUCUUAAUCGGCACUUUGCUGCGUUGUGCAACACUUACAUUAAUAUUUCGGCCCUUCGCCAACGAAAAGCGUCCAGAAUUCAUUUUGUUAAAGAAUUGAGUAUAACUUAGCAAGAUGUCGGACGAGGUAAACACCGCCGCGUGGGACGACUCACUGCUGGUGAAGUUUUACGAUGAAAACGUUGGCCUAGCCCGCGAAGCAUUGGCACGACGGUUGGCCGAUUCUACAAACAAGCGUGAAGAGGAAAACGCAGAUGCUGAAGCCGCCGUUGCCGAGGAUUCGUUGCCUAUCAGCCCCGGGCCAAUGGUCUUCAAGACCGGCGACUUCGCUCGCGCCACUUAUAUUGAUGGCUUGGACUACGAGGGCGUCGUGGUUUCCGUGGACGAAAAGGGCGAGAGCUGCACCAUCCGCUACCUGGGCUACGAGAACGAGCAGGUGGUGCCAAUGGAGGACUUACUCCCCUCAUGGGGCAAAAAAGUUCGUCGAGAACAGUUUCUAGCAGCUAAGAACGAGGAGGCAGGUGAAGAGCAGACGGCCCGCUUCAAGGCAUCGACUUCUGCCUCCGCAGUCCAAAGCCAGAAGAAGUCGUCUUCGGGAAAGGGCAAGGCCCCUGCCGGAGGAAGCGCUUGGCAGACAAUGCCGCCCAUGCCACCGCUCCCCCCCAUGUUCACCUCCCAGAACGAGGGCGGCGAGCAGGAUGUUGUUGCCAUGCUAACCGCCUGGUAUAUGUCAGGCUACUACACCGGUCUGUACCAGGGCAAAAAGGAGGCCACUGCUAUCGCCAACGCCAGCGCCAAGAAGAAGACUCCCAAGAAGUAGUAUAAUACGUAUCUGAUAUGUAUCUCUCCACAUCUUUCCAAAAGACUUGUAGCCAUUAAGCCAUUAAACAAAUAAACAUUGUUUUGUUUAGAGA